GAAUAUUAAAACGGAAAAAGGAAACAAAAAAGUGGGCUUUACAAAUCUUGUCAAAAUUGAGAAGUUUUUCAAGCAAUGAAUGGCUUUUGAUUAUCUAUUGAUUAUCUAUAUCAUUCAUCAUGAAUCCGGACACAAAGGAGCUAAAGGGUGGCGCUACAGAGCUCGAUCUUGAGUUCAGCAACUAUCUAGCCAUUAUGGACUGUAGGGCGGUGAUGAGGCUUCCCUACAAGUGGCGCUGUAGAAUGGCCACCCAAGCCGAGGACUGCAAAAGGAUCAUCAACUUCUUCAACUACUUCAGGAUGAUGUACUGCACCAUUGAUAUAGACGGCAAGUGGACAGAGAUCGGGUUUAUGUUCCUCUUCUUGAUUUUGUGUGUGAUAAUUCUGUGGAUCAUGUCCUUCAAUAUUGAUUCAUUCUUUUCUCCUGCCCUAAAGAUAGUGUCUCUGAAGCUCCACAUGAAUGAGUAUUUGGCAGGAAUUACGUUUCUGGCUUUUGGUAAUUCAUGUCCCGACAUUUUUGCCAAUCUUAUGCCUGUAAGAGCUGAAGCUCCCAUUUUUACAAUAGCCGUUGGCAAUGCCCUGGCCAUUAUCCUUAUGAGUGGAGGAACAGUGUGUUUUUUGAAACCCUUUAAAAUGAAUGGUCACUGCGUUAUAAGAGAUCUCCUGUUUUUGUUGCUGGGAGUAGAGAUUGUUCGAUAUUUUAUGGUUAAAGGUGGAGUUGUCACCAAAUGGAAUAGUAUAGUCCUGGUGGCUGUUUAUGUCGUUUAUGUGGUAGUUAAUGUGAUCGAUGUGCUUCUGAUGCGGCGCCAGAUUAAAAAACUUCGGCAGGAGCUUGAGGUAAUGCAGAUGGAUUCUUCGUCUUUGAAUAAGGAAUAUUUUAAGAAAAUGAUCUUAUUAAGAUCCAUGGAAGAAGACGAUGACAUUCGGAUUCAUGCCACCUCCGAUCGUCUAUCUCUUGGUCGUCGUAUUUCCGAUCUGACCAAUACGGGAUUCUUUGUCACUCCUAAGCCAGAAGAUCGUCCGGAGCCAGUGGACUACGAGGCCAAUCGUACUAACCUGCAUAAUCGCGAGAAUCCCAAGAACUUGAUGCUUUUUCGAGAGUUCUUGGACUCCUUGAAUCCCAUCGACCGGGAGGAAUGGAAGUUGGGCGGGAAAUGUCGACGUGCCUUCCUGGUCAUCAGGAGCCCCAUAGUCUUCGUUUUGCUUUUAUUUAUUCCGCUGGUGGACUACGAGAAAGACAAGCAUGGUUGGAGCAAGUUACUCAACUGUAUUCAGAUUGUUACGAAUCCUUUUGUGGUCAUUACUCUGGUUCACUCCUCCAUAAUGAGUCAGUACACUGGCUGGUAUAUAUCUCUGGAUUAUAGUAUUUCCAUGUGGUCUCCUGCUGUGACAGUCCCCCUGGCUGUCGUGGUUUUUAUCCAUGCCCGAACAGAUGUUCCUCCGGUCUAUCAUUUGGUUUUUAUCCUUCUAACCUUUUGUAGUUCCGUAGUAACUAUAUGGAUUUCAGUGGCUGAACUGGAAGUCCUUAUGGAUAUUGUGGCUAUAGUCUUUAAUCUGUCAGAGAACUUUAUGUCUGUAACCAUUGGAGCCAUUUCAAAUGCCACCCCAGAUAUUAUAGCCAAUUCCCAUUUGGCCAUGCAGGGUUAUGGUCGAAUGGCAUUUGCUGCCAUAAUAGGAGGCCCUGUUUUUGCGGUGGUAAUCAGCAUCAGUGUGGCCUUUUUGUUUAAUAAUCGACUUCGCCAGGAGGAUACUGCCGCUUGGGUAUAUGGAGAACACGGCGAGAAUUGUUAUAUUUUCCUGGUGAUAGCCAUUAUAACCACGUUGUGGUGGAGCAUCACCUUUAAUUUCCAGGGACGACGAUCCGCCGGCGUCUAUUUGUGGACUAUAUUCAUCAUAUUCAUUAUCUAUGCAGCCUGUGUAGAAUGGGAGCUGGUUCAUGAUUUCUCAAAAGACGUAUUUUUUAAGCCGAAAUAAAUAAACUGAAAACUGACAUUAUAAUUCUCACCCGCA